CUGACCUGCUACAAUGACCACAGUUAGAGUGACCAAAUUCAAAUUGACUCUGUCUGGAGUGACUAAUGCCACAGUGGCCACCCGAGAAUUACCAAUCCGAGUGACCACCACCAAGCCCGUCCAGUGACUACCGUCUCGCCCUUUCCGGUGACCGCUGCCACUGUCUCAUCCAGUGACUGUCACUACACCCCCUACCCCUCCCUAGCCACCUCUCCGGCCAGCCUCCCCAGCCCCAGGCCACCGCCACUGCCCAUCCCAAUUCCAACGCUGUCACUGCUUUACGCCAUCCAGCCACUGCACGCUACUUUCCCACCCCUGCAUCACACUCCGCAAAUCCAGCCGCCAUAGAUUCGGACCAGCCGCCUCACCGCCAUGAACCCUAGCCAAUAGUGACCAUCCCAGAGGGAAUCGAAUCGAAGAACAGGGGAUGAAAUAGCAGAACAGGGAAUGAAAUCGCAAAGAUUUGUCAGUCGCCAAUGGAUUAGGCGAAAGAGAAUUCCGGAAGAGUUUGUGACAAAAUAUGGAAAGAAAAUGCCAAAGGUGGGAUCUUUUGAGGUUCCUACAGGGGAAGUCUGGGAAAUCGAGCUGGUUCCUUCCCAAGGUCAAGUUUGUCUAGCCAGGGGAUGGAAAGAGUUCACUCGGAAAUACUCAAUAAGAGAGGGCCACUUUCUGGUAUUCAGAUAUGACGGAGAAUCCCACUUUCAUGUCAUCAUAUUUGACAAGAGCGCUACUGAAAUAGAAUACCCGCAAUUCAAAACUCAUGAUGAUGAUGAUGACGACGAUGCCAGAUUCAAAGCCGCCUGCAAUCCCGAGUCUGACUCUGAUGAUGAUGAGAUCUUCCAGGAUGAAAUGGAAACAGAAUGCAGCCUAAACAAGAGAAAGAGGAAAGAAGUGUUUGGAUCUGAAGUUGGUGACAUCAAUGGAUUGAAUUACAGAGUGAAGCUGGAAGAGUCAGUCCACCAUGUACUUGAGAGCUCACCUUCUCUGAAUCCUAAAAACAAGAGUGUUAGAGCAUACCGGAAGUAUAAAUAUAGAUCGGUUAGGAAGGAAAAAAAUGCCGUUGAAAGAGCAAAAUCUUUCCGGUCAAAGAAUCCAUUUUACAUUUCCGUCAUGCACCGGUCUUAUAUUUCCUUCCCAUAUACAUUGAGCAUUCCCUUGUCAUUUGCUAAGAACCUCUCUACUUCAAAGCAUAAUGAUUUAUUGCUAAUUUCGAGUGGGAGAUCAUGGUCCGCCAAAUGCACCAUAGGUAGAUCAAAGUCUGUCAAGAUUACUGGAUGGAGGGACUUUGUGUUAGACAACAAGCUGAAAAUGGGUGAUGUUUGCAUCUUAGAGGUUUUCAAAGGCGGAAGCCCAUUGAGCUUCAAUGUCAUAAUAUUUCGGGCAGAUUGAUGAUGCACAGUCCAGUAAUUUAAAUAAAUAUUGGCGGACUCUUCAGCAAACCUUCUCUUUUCUAGCUGCUGCAGGCAGAAAGAAUUUUUUUCAUACGAGUACACUUUUUUGGAGUUUUAUUCCACUUUUAGUCCUUGG